AUGCGACUACCCGGUCUCAUGAAAUCGGCCCUCUGCCUCGUUGGGUUCUACCCUGGUUAUCCGGCUUUCGCGAACGCGCUCGACUCGCCAAUGAUUACCGCAGCGCCAUUGAUAGUGAGAGACGAUGCGGGCCAAAUUGUCAACUCCGAGAUUAUAGGAUACGCAUCGGUGGAUGGAAGCUAUACCGCCAGCUCGUGUCCGCCGGGUUCAAUAUUGAAGUGGGAGGGUAAAUACGGCGGCUGUGUAGCAACAGCCGCUACGGAGUAUGUGAUAUGGAGCAGCUGCGAAGCCGAAUCGAUCUUAGUUGCGUCGAAAACAAAAUAUCAAUGCGGAGCGAGCCAAUGUUAUACGGCCCUCAUCUUCGAAGAUUUAGACGACAAGUCACCACGGAGUGUCUAUGGAUGCAACGCCGAACCACACCAGGCUUUGCUCUACAUGGCUACUACCGGCACGGACGUCACUUCCACUUCAUCAACAUCGAACACGAGCACCCAAGCGUCGUCAGUCAAGAAAACCACUACCGGGGAGGUUGAAUCGACGAGGACCCAAAACCCAGCCAGUACAGCUUCUACUUCGAGUACAGAGACGGACGUACCGGAUCUGAAUUCGGGCUUGGGCAAUUCAGAAUCAAAAGACCGAGAUCUGAGAUGGAUAGCGGGCCCAAUCGUCGGAGGGAUUGCAGGAAUUGUGAUUAUUGGGUUUUUGAUUUGGUUUAUACUCAGAAGGAGGAGGAAGAGACAAGCUCCGGAGGUCCCAGCGGCACCACCAGACCCCAUUUACACAGACCAGUCCGAGCAAACUGCAGGGUUACAAUUUCCAACCUACCAAUGGCAGGUACAAGGUCAAGAGUCGUCGCCUCGAAAAGGGCAGUCUUACCACGGUUAUAUGGCGUGGACAACGUCAUCACCGACUGACUGUAGUUCCCCUAUACCGGGAGAAAAGGGGAAAGAAGGUUAA